ACCAUCUUAUCUCUUUUGUUGCCCUGAAAAAGUGACUCAUCCAGUUUUCUCCCUCCUAAUCAAUCUUGAUCACUUAUUUAUAUCGCUGCUGCCUUCUGCUCACUUUUGUCAGAGUUUUUAACAUGCAUGCAACUGACCUCAUUUCCACCUCUAGCAUUCUGCUUUGCUCUUGAUUUAUUUCGCCAGUCCAUCCCUCAAAGUUCAUAACCUUGCAUUUGUUAACAUUUCCAAACAUUAUUUUUUUUAACUAUUCAUUUGCAUACCUUUGCUUCCCCCUACCCCCGCAAAGGUCUGUUUCUUUUCACAGGUAUUUGGAAAUCUAUCAGUUUACUUUUUCAGUUCUGUAACCGCAUUCAGUUGACUCCCUCCAAUAAAACCAUGAAAAUGUUUAAAGAAUUUCCUGUUAUUGCUCUCAGUGAGCAAGAGUUGUUUCCUGGUUUUUUGCCCAGACCACCUUUCUGGCAUGUGCCCACCAAAAAGAAAGUUAUAAUUAAGGUGACCCCAGAAGACUUUACUAACACUUGCCACCUUUGACUAUUAUUAACUUUAAAAAAUCAUUCAGAGAAAGCAUGUAGGAGUUUUGCCUUAAGAUGCAUUCUUUAAGGGAUUUUCUUCUGCUCUUCUCCCAUCUCCUAAGAACUGUAUGUUCUCUAGUCUAAGAAUCAGUCAGUGCAGUGGUGGAGGGUUAUAUUUUGAAAAGUUCCUGCUCAGCUGCUUUCUGCUUAUACAGGAAUCUGAGCAUAAAACGGGGCUGUGCAUAUUAGGAUCUCUUUUGGGUCAAUACAUUUUAGGUAUACCACAUACAAGAUGACGAAUCGGAGUUAAAAUUCCGAGUAUUACUGGGACACUACUGGAAGAUUUAAUGCUGGCUCUGUGAAUUUAUUUAUUUAUUUAUUUAUUUUCUUUGACCAAAAUUUGUUUUUGGUACCAUGUGCUCUGGUUAAUACCAGCAUUGAUUUGUGCACAAAAUGACUAAUUGACCAAAAUUUGCUGAUAUUGACAUUGGCUGACCUUUUGACCAGCACUUACUGCUCUUUUGCUGUCAUUUGUCGUUUUUAUUCCAGGGAGUUCCCUCUGAAACAGGGAGAGUCUGCUUAUAAAAUGGUCUGCAGUUCUCUGCUUCGUAGAUGCAGCCACCGCCUGUGUUGUUUCAUCCUCCCCUGGAGGGCACAGCAGUGCUUCUUCCUGUCCCAGCAUGCACUGUGCUACUUCAGCUCCAGAGCAGUCUUCCAGGCUCCACUGUCUCCCUGUCGAGGUGCUGGGAGCGGAGCCUGGGUCGACUUCUGGUAUCAGUGGGACUGCUGGGAACGAUGGUGUCGGAGCAGCAGCCCAUCAGAGCCAGAUGACACCCUCAAAGCGACGCACUGUACUUAACAUCUCUCCACCUCCAGAAGACCUGCUGGACGACAGCCGCAUGUCUUGCCAGGACGAGGUAGCACCCAACCCAGACUCUGAGCAGAGUGGCAGCAUAUGGAUGGACGACUCUGUUUCAAACUUUAGCAUGCUGAGCAGCAGUUCAUAUAACGAUAACACUGAGGUUCCUCGGAAAUCUCGUAAGCGAACACCCCGCCAGAGGCCGGGCUCGAAGCCUGUGGCCAGGGAUGAAUCAACCAUGGAUGUGUUUGAUGCUGACAGCGCUAAAGCUCCACACUUUGUACUUUCACAGCUCGGCUCUGAAGGAAAGGGCAGUCUCAAAGGGAGUACUCUGGAGGUGGCUGGCAGUCAGAAAGGUGGAAUUCUUUCAACACAGUAUCCACAAAAGAGUGAGGGGAAAGAAUUAAAGAUUCUGGUACAGCCUGAAACACAACACCGUGCACGAUACCUUACAGAGGGCAGCAGAGGAUCUGUCAAAGACCGCACACAGCAAGGCUUCCCCACCGUCAAACUAGAAGGUGUGAAUGAACCAGUUGUUCUCCAAGUGUUUGUGGCUAAUGAUGCUGGGCGAGUAAAACCGCAUGGCUUCUAUCAAGCAUGUAGAGUGACUGGACGUAACACGACGGCCUGUAAAGAAGUGGAUAUUGAUGGGACCACGGUUAUUGAAGUGAACCUUGAGCCGAGCAACUCCAUGACUUUAGCUGUGGACUGUGUUGGGAUAUUGAAAUUGAGGAAUGCAGAUGUUGAAGCCAGAAUAGGAGUGGCUGGCUCUAAAAAGAAAAGUACCCGGGCUCGUUUAGCAUUCAGGGUUAACAUCCCUAGACCAGACGGCUCUGUCCUCACACUGCAGACCCUUUCUUCACCGAUCCUCUGUACCCAACCUGCUGGAGUGCCUGAAAUUCUCAAAAAGAGUCUUCAUACCUGCUCGGUGACUGGAGGAGAGGAGGUCUUCAUUAUUGGCAAGAACUUCCUUAAGGGAACUAAAGUUAUUUUUCAGGAACUUGGCACAGAUGAUAGCUCAUGGCAGGCUGAAGCAGAGAUUGACAUGGAACUUUUCCAUCAAAAUCACCUAGUGGUAAAGGUGCCUCCUUAUCAUGACCUGACGGUGACCUCACCUGUAUCAGUUAGAAUCUCUGUGUUAACAAAUGCAGGAAGAACACAUGAGCUCCAGCCUUUCACCUAUACUCCUCAGCCAGAAAAAGUUGAUGUUCCUGUGAAGUCAGAGUUGUCAGUAACAGCCAAGCCUUGCACGUUUGAAGAGCAGAUAAAUGCAAUGCAAACUGGCACCAAUAGUCUUAACAGUACGUUGAUGGCCCCAAUGAUCUCCAUAGUCAAAAGGGAAGAAGUAACCCCAAUGGAAAUCUCUACCAACUCUACGACGUCUAACAUUUUUAAGCCUGCAGAGGUCCUUAAUUCAGACCAACAGAUUUUGGAAAUUACCACCAUCCUUCCUACUAGCAGCAAAUCCUUUCCUAGCCCUGUGUCUCUGCCAUCUGUUGAAUCUCAACAAUCAGUGCCAACAAUGUUUGCACCUCCAGAGCCCCUUACGACAAUUCAGAAACAGGAUAUACCCCCUACACCAUCCUUUCAAGUCUCCUUGUCAGAAGACACCACAGUUCUUCAGCCUGUGCCCCCACAGGUCCCUCAGCAGUUCUUGAGGGAAACCCCUGAGACUUUGUCUCCAGAAGACAACAGUCCAGAUGGCACAGGAAUGGUGGUAGUGGGGAUGGAGUCUAGGCCUCCCCCUUCCCAGCAACCCCAGGUCCAGACCAUUUUACCUCAAGAUGAGGUAGCACAGCUGGAAAGAGCUGUUAGGGAGUUGCAAGAACAACAGCAACUCAAUUCUGUGCUUUAUGAUUCAAACCCUUCUCCUGAAAACCUCCAGCAACAUGUCCAGGAAAACAUGAACAGUUUAAGGCUGGGUGGCAAUGAGAACACGUUGACCAAUCAACAGCAGCAGCAACAAGAACAUAAUAUACUGCAUAAUCUGCAGCAACAGCAUCAGAAAGCUCUAGUUGAUCUGCAGCAUCAACAAACAGUCUUGAACAAUCUGCAACAGCAACAAAAGGUCUUGGUGAACUUUCAGCAACAAACUCUUGGAAAUCUGCAACAACAACAGUCACAUCAGAAAGUUCUGGAAAACCUGCAGCACCAGAAGGUUCUUGGGGACAUUCAGCAACAAAACUCUUUGGUGAAUAUUCAGCAUCAGAAAGUACUUGAUAAUCUGCAACAGCAACAGCAGCAUCAGCAGAAUCUAGAGAAACUUCAACAAGAGCAACAACAUCAAGAGGUCUUGGAACAGUUGCAAUCAGAACUCUUACAGCCACAGAUUCCCAUGCAGUGCACACCGAGUUUCCCUGUACCACAGGAUCAAAUGUCUGAGCAUCAAAGCACCUCACAGAUAGAUGGCUCCUUGUCACAGCCAUCCGAUGGUUUUCUCCAGAAUUCAUCCACGCAGCCACAGCAGCAAGCACUUUUUCAACAGGCCAGGGGGCUACUGACUAUUCAGACAUCCAGCUUUCUUCAGCAGCCAUCCUCCCAAACCUCACCUCCCCAGCAGCUGUUUCAGAGUCAUACACCUAUUACAGACACACAAGAACCACAGACGGGGCUUUUUGGUACUUCGAAAACGACCCAGGUUCAACCUACUUUAUUUCCCAAUACAGUGACGAUGCUGACAAGCACUAACUUAUCUUCUGAGCAACAGGCUCCCUCAACUACCCUGUUCAUUUCUCAGGGUGUCCUGCAUAGCCAAAUAACAUCCAACAAUUCUCAAAAUCAACAACAGCAACAAAUCGCUUUUCUCACUCCCAUGGAAACGUCAACCUCAGCAACCCAAUCAGUGUCACUUUUUCAGGGACAACCCCAGUUGUCCACGCCAAUGGAACAGCACUCUUCCCAGUCUCAGCAAAUACCAACACCUCAGCAAGCUGCACUAUUCCAGAAUAUUACUACAAUAUCCCAAAGUCAGGGCCAGCAGCAACCACAGCCUGGCUUACUGUUCUGUGCUACUUCUGUUAACCCUCAAGACCUCCCUCAGACUCUCCUGUUCAGUACCCAGAACCAGGGUCCAAUGGGUGGCAACCCACUGCCGCAAAACAUCUUUCAGGACCAGCAACCCAUGCAGGUCGUCCCGAUCCCUGGUAAUAUUACAGCAGACAACUCCACAAGUCAAUCUACAGUCUCUCCAUCACAAUCAACACAAAGUCCACAGAUUCUUUUCCCCCAAGCUAGUGUGGUGAACGUGACUCAGCAAGAUUCAACCGAGCCGAUGUCUUUUCAAGAUGAGACCUCUGUUGUGGGUCACUCGUCUGCCAGCAUGCCUACAACCCAGCCAGGACUCUUUCAGGACCAGCAGCUUAUGCAGGUUGUCCCAAGUGCUAGCAACUGUGCCUCUGUCCCUUCCGCAGACCAGGGCACCGUUAAUAUUUUUUUGCCACAGGCAGCCAUUUCAGCACUCCAAAGUGGUGUGGGCUCUCAAGAGUUACCUCAGACUGCUACAGGAACUGCCAUUUUUAGUGGGCAGAGUGGAGUGACCCUCGGAGGGUUGCAGAGCUCCUCGGCCACAUCCAGUCAACAGACUCCAGAUUCGCUUUUUCAGACCGCUUUAGGGGGAACCCUCAACCAGCCUGGACAGCCAGGACAAACAGGCCUAUUUAUUUUUGAAAUCCCCACUGAAUGUGGUCCGUUAUUAACCCCUCCUGGUCCUGCGUUGACGGACCAACUUGUCACCAUGGGGCAUCCUAGAUCAGAUCACAACCAGAAUCAGCUUCAGUCCAGUGCACAGAUUCAUAGUUUACUAGACCAGUCCAGCAGCCUCAGCGAGAAGAUUGAUGAACUACUAGAGCAGUUUGAGGAACAAGGGAAGAUGCUUCCCAGGGACUUCUUAGAACAGUAAAAGAUAUUUAAAAAGUCACAAGCGUGACUUCGACAACUUGAAGGAUCAAACUUUUUAAAGCCUUUAUUACAUGUUUAAUGGAUUGUGUAGGCUGUUACAGGCGGAUAUAAUCAUGGAACCAAAUAAUUGGGGCCAACAAAAUGUUUCGUCAAGUCAGUGUUGUGAUCUGUCAUGGCAUUUCAUAUUUUGGCGGUAUAUGUCAUGUUGACAAAUUCUGUUUCUUGUUAUCCAUCUGUCUGACAGAAGCUGACGCAACUUAUCUAGCGAAACUGUUGUCAAUCUGAUACAACACAUCGGACUAAUACAUUGUCUGUGAAAUUUUAGAUGGUGUGUUUAGCACUUUAUUGAGUUUUUGAAGUGAGUUACAUGCUUUUUAGCUUUCAAACCAUUUGUAUCCAUACUUGCCUCUUUUUUAUAGUCUUUCCCAAAAGAUCCUCUAUUUUGUACCAGCUCAGUCAUAUUUACUGAUCCGUUUUCAUAUUAACCUAUAUAACCAGCCAUGGUUACUGCUUUCUUUUUUUCUUUUUUCCUAGAUGAUUGUGUGCAAGCGUCCUCGUUAGUCUCGAUCCAUACAUUCUAUAUGACAUUUACUGUAUAUAUUUGUAUAAAUGAUAUUUUUGAUUGUCAUCUAAUAUAUUUUAUAAAGAAAUAAAAGCGGUCCAUCUUUAGUCAUUCCUGUCAUGGACAUGUUAUAUCACUUGUGUACAUUGUUACAUAAUGAUGAUGAUGUGUCUGAUACAUAUAUAAGCUAGCCUGGUGGACUGCCCUAAAACUCCAAUUAUUGUCCAGUGUAUAGUAUGUAAUAAAUAGCAAGGUGUUAUAAAUAAAUAAAUAAAUAAACAAACAAAUAAAUAAAUAAUAAAAGAAGGAAAUGUUACUAAUUUGUUGGCAUUGUCCAAAAUCUUAAGCAGUGAUCUGUUUAGAUGGAAUAUUUCGUGUCAGUUUCAGGAUAUUCCACCAAGCUAUUGAUAUGCAUGCCCAUGACAUAGUGUGUAUACUGUGUGUCUCUCUGUGUGUGUGUGUGUGUGUGUUUUGUGUUUAAUAGAAGCAAAUAGUGUAUUGAUAUUUGUACUAUGUUACAUGAGUUUCAAUCCAUGUUUUUAUAUUAAACGCAUUAGAGAUACCGUUCAAUUGGGCACUAGCUACUGGAAAGAUUUAUUAAUGUGAAAGGUUGAUUGAACAUCGUUUCAUUCAUUUGUUAUGUUGGAUUUGGGAAAUGAAGUUGUACAGGGUUUAUUUUUAAACACAUCGGCAUAGUGGUGCUACUUUGUUUACAUUAAUGACAUAAAUAACCAUUGUUAUAUCAACGUUUGGACUGAUAUUAUUACAAAAUGCUUUGUUUCUAAAGCUUGUGGUCAUGGUUUUUAUUUUUGGUCCCUGCUUUCUCUGCGGUUACUGACCUGUUUACUCUUAGUGGCAGACUUUUUGAUUAUUUUCAUUUUGUUAGAUGACAACUUCCCCACAAUCAUAAAGGUUUACAGUUUCCCAUUAUUUAAGAAAAGGAAGGGAAAAAAAAAUCAGUGUUUUUCAAUUCCAGAAGCACCUUUUGCUUUGACAAUUUUCACAUGCAGAUAAAUUUUGGUCUCUAGACAUGUAAAUUCCUCCAAAAAUACAUUUGCAUUAUGUAUGAUUUAUUUACCUUUGUUUCCCUUAUUUGUCCAUCAUUGUAUAGUCAUUGACAUCUAACGAUUUAUUUAACACUUGCCGCAAACUCUGUAAAAAGAACACUGUAGUUGUAGUGGCGUUGUUUUCCUCGGCGUGAUCUUGGUUUGGUGUGUGUUUUGCUGUCUAUGUAGAAAAAUCUGUUUGUUUUUAUAAACACACAUUAAGUGAGCCAUACAUACAGUAUUUUUGUAAGUCUGAAAUUACUAAAUGUACUGUGUACAUUUCAAAAAUAUUGAAUUGUGUGUCCCUUCUGCAGUACUUCAUGCAUUGUGUCACGAAAGAGAUGUUUUUUUUUUUUUUGUCUUGUCACUGUGCUAUAAAGCAGACCUUCUGUGCGUCAUAUAAAACUCAAAUAUUUGAAUUAGACCUGAUAAAUAAAUACAAGAGGUUUUUAUACAGGCUUAUGAUUUGGAGCUUGUGUUCCAUGCAAAGUCCAAACUAAAUGGUAACUCUGAUUUCAGAGUGAAUGUGUUUUUACCUCAUGGUGUAGAGACAUGGGUUUCACACUACAUCUAAUUAAGGACCAAUUAAACGACACCUUUUUGUUUUUAGAAUAUGGCAGCAAAACACUUUUUUUUUUUUGAUGAAUUAUUUGAGUUUUGUGACUGUUUGGUUUUUUUUUCAAAAUCUUGGGUCGAAAGGCCGUGUCAUAUAAGAGAUAAUAAUCAGACACAGAAUUAAAAAAAACAGCGUUUCUUCACAGUCCAUCAUUGUAAGAGCUACAUAAAAUGCUUAUCUUAUGCAUACAUUUUGUUAUGCAUACAAUUCAUGUUCUGUUGGAUUGCGCUAUUUUUAUUGGAAGUACGUUGUGCCUUUUUAAAAACCCGUCCGUCCUCCCCUUACUUCUAAAGUAUCUUUUUAACGAAAUAAACCUUUCUGAGUUUUUAGUUCCACUUUCAAAGAAUCCAAAAAGUUAGAAAUGUAUUCUAGUUCCAUGUUUAACUGUCUUGUCGACAUGUUGUCUAAUCCGAAUGCAGAGAUGCAUUUGAGCUUUCUGUCAUGAAACUGCUAUGCAGCUCCACCACUUUACUUGGACUGUUGGUUGCAUCUUAUUAUAACUUUUUUUUUUUUUUUUUUGCUAGAACAAGGUACAGAGCAGGAAAAAAAAAAAUAAUCAACAUGCAUUUGAUUGUUAGAUUGUGUGAAAUGGUUUUGACGGAAAUCUUCGAGCGCUUUCAUCACUCAGCAGCAGUUUGUGUUUUGUCCCGAGUUGUUUUUAAGAGUUCAUUUUCUUUAUAUGCAUUUUUUACUGUGGUUUGUUUGCUGUGAAUAUUACUUACCCUAGAAGUCACAGGGAUAACCGUUUACUUUUCAGUCCAUGUGAAGUAACAACAGUUAACAUAAUAACUAUAUUUGUCUUUUGCUUUAAACCAGUACACCCCUGAAUUUGUAUACUCUUGCAGUUCUAUUUCUGUAAAAAUGUGCUGCUAUCUGUAUGAAAUAAAGAUAGAUCUUGAAAUUG